AUGAUUGCGAGUUCACCCAAUUGUGACAACUACUCCUCCAAAGUGAAUCUGUCCAAGAUCUCGCGUCAGCGACCCUCUUCAUCGAAAGUGCGGCUCGGUUUCGUGACGUCAUCAGCGGGAGGCAACCAGUGCAACAUCAUCCUGGAGAACUACGCCAGGGUGGCCGGGGGCGGUGGAGUGGGAGGUGGUGGGGGUGCGGCAGCCUACUACCAUGGCGGCCAUCUUGGAUUCCACAGCCACAGUCAUCAUCAUCAGAGGGGAGUGCCUCAGACGCAUGUGGUCGCAUCAGGCUAUCACCAGCAUCAGAUGACGCCGCUUAAUGCUAGCAAUGAUAAGUCGACUAGAGUUGGGGGCGGGUCAGGACAGGAGGCAGGAAAGAAGAAUGGAGGAGAAGGAGGAACGGCCGAUAAGGAAGGAGGAGGCACAGGUGGAGGAGGAGGAGGAGGAGUUACUGGGAAUGCGGGAACUGGAGGAGGAGUUAAUGCUAAUGGACGAGGAGCAAAUCAAGGAGGAGGAGGCACAAUUUCUACUGUCAAUCCGUCCACGGUCGUCUCUGUCGCUGGGGGCGGCUCUGUUGGCCUUAACCUCAAUCACCACCUGUCCGGCAUUGUCUCCUCUGCAGGAGUUGCCGCCCCCUCCUCCUCCGCUGCUUCCGCCUCCUCAGCAGCUGGAGGAGGGGCAGUGUCAACAGAGUCCCAGACCACCAAGAAGAAGGAGAGCGUCUUUGCAGGACUUGGAGGCGUCGGAGGGGGGGUUGGAGGAGGAGUUGCUGGUGCGAGACAGCUGGUGCAGCAACUGGUGGACAGCGGUAUAAUAUGCGCUGGCACCAAGUCCACCAUCAGGGUGGUCGACACCCUCAAUUUGGGCACCUCUCAGGUAAACCUGAUCCGUGUAGUGCAGCCUGAAGGCGGUGGCAACCUGAUAAUACCUGUGCAGGCUAGACACCGUAUCACCCAGACCACCUCCCUGCCUCAAGGCCAAACAACCACCCUCGACAAGGCUGCAACAGCUGUGCUCGGCCCGGCAACACAACAGCUGUUGGGCGGAGCAACACAACAGCUGUUGCGCAUCCAGUGCGGCACAACAGCUGAUCAGCAAACCAAUCAGCUGAUUACAACUGACAACCAGCAGCUGGUCAUACUCACGCCGUCUCAACAUCAUCAGCUGGUCAAAGAGCAGGGCACUACGAUUACUACUAAUGAUGGCGAGCCGAUCAAACUCCCAGAAAACCUUGAGAGUCUACCCAAGGCAGAACACUUCCCUACACAGAGGCACCGUUGGAAUACCAAUGAG